CGCGGAUAAGAAGAACAGUGUGCGGCAUAAACUGGUCUCGCUGACGCUGAAGAAGAAAUCCAAGCUCACGGAAGAGGUGGCAAAGAGACUGGAACAAUGGGGAGUACAGCCUCGGGGGGAACAGUAUGCUGGAAGACCGGCCGACCUCCAACCUGGAGAAGCUUCACUUCAUCAUUGGAAAUGGUAUCCUUCGCCCUGAACUCAGGGAUGAGAUUUACUGCCAGAUCUGCAAGCAGCUGACCCAGAAUCCAUCCAAAAGCAGCCACGCCCGUGGCUGGAUCCUCAUGUGUCUCUGCGUUGGUUGCUUUGCUCCUUCUGAGAAGUUUGUGAAGUAUUUGAGGAACUUCAUCAAUGGAGGCCCUCCUGGUUAUGCUCCCUACUGUGAGGAGAGGAUGAGGAGGACGUUUGCUAACGGCACUCGAACGCAGCCACCGAGCUGGCUGGAGCUGCAGGCCACCAAGUCCAAGAAACCGAUCAUGUUGCCCAUCACCUUCAUGGACGGAACAACCAAGACCCUCCUGACCGACUCCGCGACGACAGCCAAAGAGCUGUGCAAUGCUCUGGCAGACAAGAUAGGCCUGAAGGAUCGCUUUGGAUUUUCUCUGUACAUCGCGUUGUUUGACAAGGUCUCUUCGCUCGGCAGCGGGAAUGACUACGUGAUGGACGCUGUGUCCCAGUGUGAGCAGUAUGCAAAGGAGCAGGGGGCACAGGAGAGGAACGCACCCUGGCGCCUCUUCUUCCGCAAGGAGAUCUUUACGCCCUGGCAUAACCCCACUGAGGACUUGGUGGCAACGAACCUCAUCUAUCAGCAGACUGUGAGGGGCGUCAAGUUCGGGGAAUACAGGUGUGACAAGGAGGAAGACCUUGCUGAACUUGCCUCCCAGCAAUACUACGUGGACUAUGGCUCUGAGAUCAUUCUGGAGCGGCUGAUGAGCUUGAUUCCGUCCUACAUUCCCGACCGGGAAGUCACCUCUUCCAAAACUAUUGAGAAGUGGGCACAGUACAUCAUUGCGGCUCACAAGAAGGGGGUGUAUACUCAGAAGAGAAUCGACCCUCAGAAGGUGAAGGAGGAGGUUGUGGACUUUGCCCGAUUCAAAUGGCCCUUGUUGUUUUCACGUUUCUAUGAGGCCUUCAAGUUCUCAGGUCCAAGCCUGCCAAAGAACGACGUAAUUGUUGCUGUCAACUGGACCGGCGUUUACUUUGUCGAUGAACAGGAGCAAGUCCUUCUGGAACUUUCCUUCCCUGAAAUCACUGCUGUUACCAGCAGCAGGGGUGGCAAAAUGCAAGGGCAGAGCUUCACUCUGGCGACCAUCAAAGGCGAUGAAUACACCUUCACCUCCAACAACGCCGAAGACAUCCGUGACCUGGUGGUGACGUUUCUUGAGGGGCUGAGGAUGAGGUCAAAGUUCGUUGUGGCGCUGCAGGACAACCCGAGCCCUGUUGGCGAUGACCUGACCUUCCUCAGCUUCUUGAAGGGGGACCUAAUCAUCCUGGACCAUGACACGGGCGAGCAAGUGAUGAACUGUGGCUGGGCUCACGGCAUCAACGAGAGGACCAAGCAAAAGGGAGACUUCCCGACUGAAUGCGUCUACGUGUUGCCCACGGUUACCAAACCAGCAGCUGAGAUUGUGUGCCUGGUUACCAUGACGCCAGGUCAGAGACAAGAAGCCAUCAAGACAUCCCAACUGUCUAUAGGAGAGCUGGAGGAGAAGGUUAAGCUCUAUACACUGGAGGAGUUCUCGUACGACUACUUCAGACCUCCUCCGAAACACACCUUGAGCCGGGUGAUGAUCACAAAGAAUCGCGGGAAGGAUAAACUAUGGUCUUGUACCCGGGAGCCAAUUAAACAGCCGCUGCUGAAGAAGUUGCAGGGGAAUGAGGAGCUGUCGCAGGAGUCCUGCCUCUGCUUUGUAGCUGUGAUGAAGUAUAUGGGUGACUACCCCUCCAAACGGAUGCGCUCAGUGAACGAACUGACCGACCAGAUAUUCGAAGGUGCCUUGAAAGGGGAGUUGAUGAAGGACGAGAUUUAUUGUCAGAUCCUUAAGCAGCUCACCGACAACCAUGUGAAAUACAGUGAGGAGAAAGGCUGGGAGUUGCUCUGGUUGUGCACUGGCCUCUUCCCUCCCAGCAACAUCCUUCUGCCUCAUGUCCAGAGGUUCCUCCAGUCCCGGAAAAGCCACAUGCUCGCUCCUGACUGCAUGCACAGACUCCAGAAAGCUCUCCGCAAUGGCUCCCGGAAGUACCCUCCCCACCUUGUGGAAGUCGAGGCGAUUCAGCACAAAACCACCCAGAUAUACCACAAGGUCUACUUCCCCGAUGAUACGGAUGAGGCCUUUGAAGUGGAAUCGAGCACCAAGGCUAAAGAUUUCUGCCAGAGCAUCUCGACGCGCCUGCUUCUGAAAUCUGCUGAUGGGUUCAGCUUGUUCGUCAAGAUCUCUGACAAGGUGAUCAGUGUGCCAGAAGGGGAUUUCUUCUUUGACUUUGUACGUCACCUCACCGACUGGAUCAAGAAAGCCCGGCCAGUGAAAGACGGUGUCAUCCCUUCUCUGACCUACCAGGUCUUCUUCAUGAAGAAGCUCUGGACACACACUGUCCCUGGCAAGGACCAUAUGGCGGACUCCAUCUUUCAUUAUUAUCAGGAACUACCAAAAUACCUGCGUGGCUACCACAAGUGCUCCCGCGAUGAGGUACUGCAAUUGGCGGCGCUCAUUUACCAGGUGAAGUUCGAAGACGACAAAUCCCAGUUCCCAAACAUUCCCAAAAUGCUGAAGGAGCUGGUGCCGCAGGAUUUGAUCCGUCAACUCUCGCCAGAUGACUGGAAGCGGUCCAUUGUGGCUUUCUACAACAAGCAAGCAGGAAAAUCGAGGGAAGAGGCCAAGCUGUCGUUCUUGAAGUUGAUCUACAGAUGGCCUACAUUUGGAUCAGCUUUUUUUGAGGUCAAGCAAACCACCGAGCCAAACUACCCAGAGAUCCUCCUCAUCGUAAUCAAUAAACACGGAGUGAGCCUCAUUGACCCAAAGACCAAGGACAUUCUCACGACCCAUCCAUUCACCAAGAUAUCCAACUGGAGCAGUGGCAACACUUACUUUCACAUCACCAUUGGCAACCUGGUGAGGGGCAGCAAGCUCCUGUGUGAAACGUCUCUGGGAUAUAAAAUGGACGACCUACUGACCUCCUACAUCAGCCAGAUGUUGACCUCCAUGAACAAGGAGCACAGCACAAAGGCCAGUAAAUGAACCUAUUGUGACUACUGGGUCUGGACCUGCCAGCUGAUCCAGAUGUUGAGGCCCAUGGGAAAUCAUUGCAGCUGGAGGAAAACGUUCUCCACCCAGGUCUGGAGUAUGAGGAGAAGUCCUCUACCUAGCUCUUCUGAUAGCAACUCGGACUCUCCCUCGAGCGAGGAUGACUAUUUGUAGUGUGUGCGCGCGCGGGAGGGAGAGAGAAAGUCUCUUCCAAGUCCCUCACGUGGACAAUAAGCCAAAAAAAAAGGAAAAUCCUGAGCAGUCUUUCCAAAAAGAAAAUCUAGGCCUACAAUGAAAGGCUUCUUGCAUACUCCUCAGUGCACUUUUGAUCACACCCAAGUGUUAUUUUUAAUUCUGCUGCUUUCACCUAAAACAAAUCACAGUGCUUAAGUGUUUGUGUGCUGGUACUGCGGUGCAUCACACCUCAUGGGUCAUAGCUAAAUCUCUCCCCACAACAGUUGUAUCAGGUCCAACUUUACUGGGCUCUUGCUCCUUGUACUGCCUACAGCAAAGGAAGCUGAUAGAUUGUUUUGUCCCUGAAUUAGCCCUGCUGUGUUUGGUUCUGACUCGUAUAAAGGAUUUGCAAAAUGCUUUCUUUCUUUUAAACUUUUGCCCUUGAAGCUUUUGUCAUCUAAAUCCCAGAGUAUGUUCUGUCAGCCCAACUGGUGUGCCUCUAGUCGAUGUGUUGAAAUGCAUGCAUUUUAUUUCUCUUUUGAACGUUUAGAUUUUGGUGGAGGGGGUGGGUGGGAGAUCAAAAGCAGUCCAGUUCUGCCCUGUCAGUUCCUAUCUGGGCAUGGUGCUGGUCUCUCAAACCAGACACAGGACAUUCAGUUGCCUAACCCGCCCCAACCUCUGACACUGAGGUUAUUCCUGGACUAAUCACUGCCUCGGCCUCUCACCUUGAAGACUUUCCAGAAUAAAACCACUAGCUUCAUCAUUUUGGGUUCUUUUUGACACCUGCUGUAUCUCUCUUCCCACCACUCCCUUUCCUCAAUAUGCCGACCUCCUCCAAAAUCCUCCACACCACUUAAAAUUCAGAAAUCUUGCCCUUACAAUUGGAAAUUAUUUUUCAGUCUUGUAGUGCAAUUAAUUCACAAAACUGAGCCACUCAGCCACUCCCUGAAUGGGCCUCAUCCCGGGAAUCCUGUUCCUGAGCUGUCGGAAGAACCGUUCCUUAAAUCGCCACCUGGGCACUCUUCCCUAUCCCAAGAGGCUGACUGACCAGUGGAGAAUUUCCAGCAUCUUAGCAGGUUUGAGAUCAAACCUGGAGUGUCUGUGGUGUGGGUUGGGGAUGCAUCUUAACAAUUCUGGUCGACGUUCAAGUGAUCACCCCUUCUAUCUCACCUGUGGGGGAAACUGUAGUGCAAAAGGGUAGACACAAAAUAAACUGGGAAAGGGACUUUUAUCUUGAUGACCAGAAAAUACUGGAAAUUGCUGAGUUGGGCGACAUCUGAGUGGGAAACAGUUUUGGGUAAAUGACUGGGACAGGAGACACUUGAUUGCUGCUUGCAGUUCCGAUUGGGAGAGGGAUCACGUAUCUGAGUGGGAGGGAGCAUCGCUACUUGGAGAUGGCUUCACAGUACCAGACAAGGUUGCUGUGAUGUUUGGGAACACUUUCCCUGCCUCUUGGUCCACAGCCAAUCAUUCUCUUCGGGCACGGAGCCCAAGUCUUGCAUUGAUCACUAGCACGUGGCAAAGUCCAGAUGCUAACAUCCGGCAAACUCCGAGUGGUUUGCUUUCAUCGUUUUGGUGAGCAGGAACAGUUGGUUUCCACCAACCACGGCUUUCGCCAACUGGAUGAAGCCCAGCGACUAAAUUUACACCAAGACGACUGUUGCAUUUACCAAUCACCCUCUGACUUCCCGUAUGUUCAACUUUGAGUGUACUUAACAGGAGAUGUCACUGCUUUUAUAAAAUAGAUUCUAUUUAUUUAUAUAUAACUUAUUGUUGGCAAUUUGUAAGUGAUUUUAGUUGGAAGAGAAGCUCCCCUUGGGUCACUGAUUCUGUGGUAUCAGUGAUGAGGAGAUUUUCUGUUCUUGUUUUCAGCUUGGUUUAGUAGUGUGGAACAGGGUGUGAACUAGUCCGGUAAAUUGUCCUGUAAAAUUCACGUUAAAAGCUUUAUACUUAAUUGAAUUUAAAACUGCACACCCACGCCCACUCCCCCCCAGAUUUGGUUUUGCUCCCUACAUAUCCACUUCUGAUGUCAUCCCCAAGCCUCGGUGGUUGUGUUCGCUGUCAGGGGUUUGAUCCCACAAUGGACCCCAGCCUGCCUCUGAUACCUCCUGGCUUCCCCCUACUGUCGAUGUGCCUUGCUCCGUGUGAGAGGUUGUGCAGUUUCAGACAGCUGAUGAAUUGCUCGGCUAAGGGAAGUCACCCUCUGUUGGACUGACAAACUCCCAGGGUCAUAAUCCCACCUAAACUUCCCAACACCCACGGGUAACCAGCUGGCCUGAGUCCUUUCCUUGGGGUCAGACAGCAGACAUGUUUGGGGCCUCCCAUGAACACUGUUCAUGAAGAGCCUGGUGCUAAAUUAUUCCUUGUGUCCCCAACCCAGGGCAGUGGUUCUCAGGCCAGUUCUUGGAGGGUUUGUGGCCACUUUUUUAUUCCCUCAUUGCUCCCACUGUGUCCACCUCUCCAGAGAUUCCCAUGAGCUUCAAAGCAAGCUGGAAUCUGGUCCAUCUUCGUGGAUUUUUUGGGCUUUAGUACCUUUGUUAUCACUCUGGGAUAAAUCCGAAUCAGGAUCCAUUUGGGAGUUGGACUCCAACCCAUGAAAUGGCAUCCAAUAUUCUGCUUGUUGGCACUGUCUUGGCCUUCCCUCGCUAAAUCGUGACCACAAGGUAGACCUGCCCCAUCCCAGAAUUGCUCUCAAGUUGCUUGCAGCCUCUACAGGGGUUGGGGUGGUGUCCCCUCCAUUUCCCUCUCCAUGGAGGUGUAGGGCGAGAGUCGUUCUUAUCUACACAUCACCAAGGCAACAGCUUAAACCAAAAGAUGCCAUGCCCUGUGCAAACCCUGCCCCCGGGGGCUGGGAGCACGGGAGCACAAUGCAAGCAAUCGUUAGCGUCCACUGCCAGUGAAGCAGCAGGUCUUGUGUGGUGUUAGGUCUUGUACACAUGCAAGCUUCACUAAACUUUUGCACAACUUAUUUUAAUGUGGAAUUAUCCUUUUAGUCACUCCUGACCCAAUGAGCAAU